AUGCCUUUCGCGCAGCUGGUAAUAGGCCCCCCCGGCUCUGGCAAAUCCACCUACUGCGAUGGCAUGCAACAAUUCAUGUCCGCCAUCGGCCGCAAAUGCUCAGUUGUCAACCUAGACCCUGCCAACGACAAGACCUCGUGUACCCCGGCGUUUGACGUGCGCGAGCUGGUAAACUCUGGAGGAAAUUAUGGCAGAAGAUACGCUGGGCCCAAAUGGAGGGGUUUUAUAUGCACUUGA